AUGAAACUGGAGAUUGGAUUUCGUACAAUGUCUACUCUAAUCCUCUUUAUUGACGUUCAAUCAACAGAUCCGAGCAGAACAGAAACUUUGAAGAAAGAGAUUUUGAGCGGAAUUUGUUCCGUUAACGAAUCUUCUUGCGUAAAUUUAGCCAUAGAAAAGUACGAAGAAUGGAUUAAGCGUGGGAAGGACAUUCAUAGGAACGACCGUCCCUUAGUGAAAUUGUUCCUGUGCACGGCGAUCAGAAACGAGAGUUUCAGGUGGGAAGAGGUGGAAAACUACUUUAAAAGCCUAAGAGGAAAAUUUCCCUCGGACGACGUGAUUUACGCUCUGGGAUGCGUAAACAACCAAUACAACCUCCAUCGCGUGUUGAACGCCGCUCUGUUCAAGAAGCCCAAGUAUCUGCCGUUCGUAAUCGAUAGCAUUCUGGACCAAAGCAAGUGGGAAGUCGUUUUCGACGUUAUAACAACCGAAAGAAGCAGAAUGCUAGAAAAUUCCGACAGAUUUAAAGCCUCUAUGGAAAUCUUAACGCAAAAGAUAUCAAAUUCCGACGAAUUGGCAAAGGUAAGAAACGUCUUUUUUAUUUUCUCGAGCCAUUUGUAAGAAGCUCGCCGCUAC